UGGUUCAGGAGCGGCUGGCAUUGUCGGGUGUGGGUGUCUUGGUGUUUGAGUGAUUCGACGAGAUUGCGUUCAGUGUCCUUCCACUCGCUAACAGGUCAAAAUGCAGAUCUUCGUGAAGACCCUGACCGGCAAGACCAUCACCCUGGAGGUGGAGCCCAGUGACACCAUCGAAAAUGUGAAGGCCAAGAUCCAAGACAAAGAAGGCAUCCCCCCUGACCAGCAGAGGCUUAUCUUUGCCGGCAAGCAGCUGGAAGAUGGCCGCACUCUUUCUGAUUACAACAUCCAGAAAGAGUCCACCCUGCACCUGGUCCUGCGCCUGAGAGGUGGCAUGCAGAUCUUCGUGAAGACCCUGACCGGCAAGACCAUCACCCUGGAGGUGGAGCCUAGUGACACCAUCGAAAAUGUAAAGGCCAAGAUCCAAGAUAAAGAGGGCAUCCCCCCUGACCAGCAGAGGCUUAUCUUUGCCGGCAAGCAGCUAGAAGAUGGCCGCACUCUUUCUGAUUACAACAUCCAGAAAGAGUCAACUCUCCACCUGGUUCUCCGUCUGAGGGGUGGCUGUUAAUUCUUCAGUUUUGAAUUUGUAGUGCCCAAUUAUGGCAUUGCUCUGCACUAUAGCCAUUUUGCCCCAAUUUAAGUUUAGAAAUUACCAGUUUCAGUAAUAACUGAGUCACUGGUUUUCUCAAUAGCUGUUCAAAAUGUUAAUAAAAGUUUUGUUGCAUGGUAAAAAAAAA